AUGGGUUCUUUCAAAGGUCAUGCUUUGCCAGGUACAUUGUUCUUUGUGGUUGGAGUUUGGCACAUUUGGAGCUCAGUGAUACGAUUCAUAUCAAACCCUAACUCAUUUCGUGUCCGAGUUUGGCAUCCUGUUCCUGGUUUCAAUGAUAAGCUCAAGUACUUGGAGCUUUACGUUGUCACAAUUGGUUCUUUCAUUGACUUGUGCAUUGAGUUUUUGUACUCAACUCAUCUCAGAUUCUUUGUUAAUGGUGUAUUGAAUCCUUCUCACAUGAAUGAUUUCGAGCAUUCUGGGAUGCUUCUCAUGUUUUUCAUACUUGGAUUUAUCGCUUUGCUCUCCGAGAAAACGAGGUUACUUCCUCUGCCACAAGAAGCUCUGUGUCUAAUUGCUGCAACAGCAUUUACAGCAGAAUGCCUUCUCUUCUUCUUCCACUCCACAAGCCACAAAGGUCUAGAAGGUUAUUACCAUCUUCUCCUAGUAUUUCUCAUCGGUCUAUGCGUUAUCUCCUCAAUCGCAGGAGCGAUUUGUCCUACAAGCUUCCCGGUAGAUCUAUGCAAUGGCAUUGCAAUGACUCUUCAAGGCCUCUGGUUUUAUCAGACAGCUUUCACACUCUAUGGUCCUAUGAUGCCUCAAGGCUGCGGUUUAAAAGGAAACUCUGUCGUUUGCAGAUCAGUCGAUUCCGAAGUCUCUGGAGAGUUUUUAGCUAAUUUUCAGCUCUUCUCAUUGGUUCUUGCUGUUCUUGUUUGUGUUGUGGGAUCAUAUGUUUUUGCAGCUUCAAGAUUAGGAGUUCGUAGAUGA